CACCUCUUAAAAGGCCUUCCCACCCGGACGCCACUCAAUGGCUCGGGACCCCCGCGGCGUGUGGGCGGCUAUGCCACGUCCCCAUCCUCCCCCAAGAAGGAGGCGACCUCUGGGCGCAGUGGCCGCCGUUAUCUGUCACCAGAGCGCCUCGCCUUGGUGCGCCGCGAGGACCCCCGCAGCCGCACCACUUCCUCCAGCAGCAAUUGUAGCGCCAAGAAGGAAGGCAAAACCAAAGAAGUUAUCUUCAGCCUGGAGGAGGGCUCCGUGAAAAUGUUCCUGAGGGGCCGCCCUGUGCCCAUGCUGAUUCCUGACGAGCUGGCGCCCACCUACAGCCUGGACACGCGCUCAGAGCUGCCUGCCUGCCGGCUCAAGCUGGACUGGGUCUAUGGGUACCGAGGCCGAGACUGCCGGGCCAACCUUUACCUGCUGCCCACGGGGGAGAUAGUGUACUUUGUAGCCUCUGUGGCCGUGUUGUACAGCGUGGAGGAGCAGAGGCAGCGCCACUACCUCGGCCACAACGAUGACAUCAAAUGCAUGGCUGUCCACCCGGAUAUGGUCACCAUUGCCACCGGACAGAUGGCGGGCACCACUAAGGAGGGGAAGCCGCUGCCGCCCCAUGUGCGCAUCUGGGACUCAGUUUCCCUCUCCACCUUACACCUGCUAGGCCUGGGGGUGUUUGACAGAGCCGUGUGCUGUGUGGGCUUCUCCAAAUCUAAUGGGGGCAACCUGCUCUGUGCAGUGGACGAAUCCAAUGACCACAUGCUGUCUGUGUGGGACUGGGCCAAGGAGGUCAAGGUGGUUGAUGUCAAGUGCUCCAAUGAGGCUGUGCUGGUGGCCACCUUCCACCCAACGGACCCCACCGUGCUCAUCACCUGCGGCAAAUCUCACAUCUACUUCUGGAGCCUGGAGGGGGGCAGCCUGAGCAAGCGGCAGGGUCUCUUUGAGAAACACGAGAAACCAAAGUAUGUGCUGUGCGUGACCUUUCUGGAAGGUGGCGACGUAGUCACUGGGGACUCUGUGGGGAACCUCUAUGUCUGGGGCAAAGGUGGGAAUCGCAUCACACAGGCAGUGCUGGGUGCCCACGAUGGCGGCGUGUUUGGGCUCUGUGCCCUGCGGGACGGGACACUGGUGUCCGGUGGGGGCCGCGAUCGGCGGGUGGUCCUCUGGGGUUCCGACUACAGCAAGCUGCAGGAGGUGGAGGUCCCUGAGGACUUUGGCCCUGUACGCACUGUGGCAGAGGGCCGGGGAGACACGUUGUAUGUGGGGACCACCCGCAACUCCAUCCUGCAGGGCUCGGUCCACACGGGCUUCUCACUGCUAGUCCAGGGCCAUGUGGAAGAGCUGUGGGGCCUGGCCACGCACCCCAGCCGGGCACAGUUUGUGACGUGUGGGCAGGAUAAGCUGGUACACCUGUGGAGUGUGGGGUCUCACCAGCCCCUGUGGAGCAGGUGCAUUGAGGAUCCCGCUCGCUCUGCUGGCUUCCACCCCAGUGGCUCUGUCCUCGCCGUGGGCACGGUGACUGGCAGGUGGCUGCUGCUGGACACGGAGACCCAUGACCUAGUGGCAAUCCACACUGAUGGCAAUGAACAGAUCUCCGUCGUCAGCUUCUCCCCGGACGGGGCGUACCUGGCCGUGGGCUCCCACGACAACUUGGUGUACGUGUACACGGUGGACCAGGGCGGCCGCAAGGUUAGCCGCCUGGGCAAGUGCUCGGGCCAUUCCAGUUUUAUCACCCACCUGGAUUGGGCCCAGGACAGCAGCUGUUUUGUCACCAACUCUGGGGACUACGAGAUUCUGUACUGGGACCCCGCUACCUGUAAGCAGAUUACCAGUGCAGAUGCUGUGAGGAAUGUGGAAUGGGCCUCAGCCACUUGUGUCCUCGGGUUUGGGAUGUUCGGGAUCUGGUCCGAGGGGGCUGACGGUACUGACAUCAACGCCGUGGCCCGCUCCCACAAUGGGAAGUUGCUGGCUUCAGCUGAUGACUUUGGCAAAGUCCACCUGUUUAGCUACCCCUGCUGUCAGCCUCGAGCCCUCAGCCACAAAUACGGGGGACACAGCAGCCAUGUGACGAACGUGGCCUUCUUGUGGGAUGACAGUGUGGCCCUGACCACAGGGGGCAAGGACACCAGCGUGCUGCAGUGGCGGGUGGUCUGAAGCACGGGGGGCCCGGGGACGGGACUGAGAUAGAGUGAAGGUGGCAGGGUGGGAAUUCUAUUUUCGGGAGAUGUCUAUUACCGAGUAGAGUAAUAUAUACCCAGAGUCUAUAGCAGAGGGGGUUAUGGGGGGGUGGGUGGGUAGACAGACAGAAGUCUCUAUUUAUCUUGGGGUGGGAAGAGGGGCCACAUUACUUUGGGGGAGCCGUUGGUGUGUUUGGUUUGGGGUGUUUUUUAAGUUUAUUCUUUUACAUCAUCCAGAAAUAAGGACACGUGCACU